AUGCCACCUGAUUCUUCGAAACAAUUGACCAAAAAACAAAAGAAGGCUCUCGCCUUCCGCGAACGAUCCGGCAAACCUGGCAAGUCCGGAAGCUCUCGUACCUCCAAACGCGAAGACGAAAUCCUCGACGUUCCAGUAUCGGAGAACUUGGAUGAGGCGGAAGCUGAGGCGGAUGGGGCUGCUGGCGCUGAUGCUGAGGUGCAUGAAGUCUCGAAACCUAAGGAGGUUGUGGCGAAGGGAAAAGGAAAGGGCAAGGAGAAGGCUAGGAAGGAAGGAGAUGUAACGAAGGAUGAGACGAAGUCGAAGAAGAGAAAGCGGGAUGGUGAGGCAGAUGAAGGUCAGGGAGAGAAUGGAGACGGUGAGGUGGAGGGGAAGGAAGGGAAGAAAGCAGCCAACGCGGAUGGGGAAGGAGCAGCUGGGAGCGAGGACAGGACAAAGGAGGACGCAAAGGAUAAGACAAAGCAACGGUUCAUCCUUUUCGUUGGUAACCUCAAAUAUACUACCUCAAAAGAAGCUAUCCAACAACAUUUCGCUAUCUGUGAUCCUCCACCGACCAUCCGCCUCCUCUCACCCAAACAGACAAGGCCAGGUGCCCCUACCGCAAAGUCCAAAGGUUGCGCCUUCCUCGAAUUCACAAGUCGCAAUGCCCUCCAACAAGCCCUCAAACUACACCAUUCUGAACUCGAAAGCCGAAAGAUAAACGUGGAGCUCACUGCCGGAGGUGGAGGGAAAAGCGAGUCAAGGCUGACGAAACUCCAAACGAGGAAUAAAGAGCUCGCAUCUCAAAGGGAGAAGAGGAUGCAGAAGGCUGUAGCGGACGGCGAGCAGGUGGCCCCGGAUCGGCCACAAAGGUAUUCUACCACAUCGGGCGAAGGUCAGGCUUCAGCUGGGAAGCGGACAUGGACAGUGGGUGAUGUUGACGACGGGGAGACGCAUCGUGGGGGCAAAAAUGCUAAGAAGAAGGUCAGAGGAGUGCGGACAAGGCCUCAGGGAACUGGUGUCAACGCCAUACCAGUCGGUUGAGCGGCCUUGUGUGUUGUACUUACCUCGUAUAAACGAGCUUCACAGGAACGCC